UCAGAACCACACUAGCGUAACUCCAAAUUUUUCGAUAUUCUGGUUUUGAGCAUUCUGUAUAUAUUUUUUUCUGCUUUAUAAAGCCAUAACAAUGUAACUCCUUAAAAAAAAAACCUAGCAGGAAAUAGGAGUGUUUGAAAUAGCUUAAUUCCAAAGGGAUGUAAGAACCAGAACAGCGUAAGGUCACUUAAUAUGUUAUGGUCCUCACAAAAAUUUAAAAAGUACAGAGCGUAACUCCAGCUGGGGAGUUACGCUACUCUGGCUCAACUUUAUUGUUGCUAGAAUGGUUGAUACAAACAGCUGUUUUAUUUUCUAGAGUAGUUGUGCAUGUCUCAGCUGAUUGGUCGAAUGUGAAAUUUACAUGAAUUGAUGCCCUAACCUAAACUUAUAGUUUCAUCAACAUGAGCAGCAGAGCGAAACUUAUUUUACAAUUAGCUUUGGAGGACAAUGUAAAUAAUUCUCAGCAAUUACUAUUAUUACCAGAACAAACUACUAAAGAAAACAAUGAAACAAACGUCUUAAGCUUGUCUUCGAUGGACACAAAUCCUGCACCCUCAUUGACAUCAUUACAGGCAGUUGAUCCGUUUGUUCUUCUCAACAAUGAAAAUGAAUAUAUAAUGGAAGUCGAAUCAGAAAGUAAUAAAGAAUUCGCUACUGAUGAAAAUAUUGUUUGGAAUGAUGGUAUUACCAACCAGGAUUUUCAGUCAUAUGAUAUCUCCUUUUCAUCGCAAGGCCUAGUUGCUGAAGAAGAGGAUAGUCUUCAAGAAUUGGCUGUCUCUGGUAAUGCAGAUAUCCCAUCACCAGGAACUUCUGUUUUGUCAUCUAACGUAGAUGACACUGAUAUUGAUAGCACAUACUGUCCUCGUUUCAACUCAGAGUCAGAACUAUCUACUGAUGAGUCUAUAGUGAGUAUUCCUAGAGUUGCUUCAAAGGUUUCAAGUGACAGUACUUCUUAUGUGAGGAGGAGACAAAAGAUAGCUCAAUACAAAAUUCUACUGGUUCCUUACACUGAUUCGGACACGGAGGAAGAAGCAAACAAAAACCAAUCCUAA